AUGGUGCAUGACCGAGCAAAGAUACAAAUCACAGUAGCGCCACAAGAGUCCAGUGAUCAAUCGACAUUAAGUUAUGAACACCAUGAUGAAAUUAAGGCUUAUAUUGAUACCAGGAGAUUUUCGUCAGAUUUUACCAGUUGUAGUUUUAAUGGGUCACGAAAUGAUAUUAUAAAAGCUUCAAUUAAGCACUUAUCAAUGUGGCCAAACUUUACUCAACUCCAGUUGGUUCAUAAUAUGAGAGCUCACGAUGAUUUAGAGUUUGCUCAAUGGGUAUUAAAGGUAGGCGAUGUAUCAGCUAAUGAAGAUAGUAAUGACCACAUUGAACUGCCUCAGCGAUGCAUUGUAGAUAAUUCAAUUGUAGACCAUAUUUUUGGUGUUUCCCUUAACACAAAUGAUUAUAAAAGUUAUUCAAUGAAAUCUAUCCUUACUCCCAAAAACGAUGAUUGCUUUUAA